AGAAUUGACAAAUGACAACGUAAGUUCUGUCAAGAACUUCAGUUCAAUUUGAAAAUUUCUAAUACAAAUCGAAAUCCAAAAUAACAAAUAAUAAUAUCAAUUAAACCCACGCGUCUGGGAAAUUGUAAUAAAAACAUCGUUAUUAGUUUGCUUCUAGAUGUCUUCAGAUGAGAGUGACGCAUUGACUGUAGAGGAAGUGAAUAGAGCUCUAGGAGAAAUAGAGAACAAGUUCUCACUGGUUACUUGCAAAAGAAAUGGAUUAGAUGAAAAUUUAGCGGUGUUAUCAAUGGUAAUUGUUUCUGAAUAUGACUCAGUUGGUCUUCCAACUCUAGACCUUUCGUUAACAAAAUCAAAGAUUUUCCAGCAAGUUGUUAAUAAUGCACGUUCGCUAGUACAGAUUCACAGAAGGACACUGUCUCACAUGAAAGAUGUGAAUGUUGACAACAGAAUCAAUAAUUCCAAGAGCAGUGACUUAUAUAAACUUCUCGAAGAUUAUAAGGUCAAACUUGGGAAUUAUGAAGAGAAAAUCAAAGCUCUGAAGAAUAAAUUGAGCAGUCUUACAGACGAGCAUACACUGUUGAUGAAACAGGAGACUGUACUCAAAAGUGAAAUGGAAAAAAUAAAAAGGUAUCACAUAUCAAAACAAAAUGAACUUAUACUCCAUAUUAAAAAAAUGACAAAAGAAAACCAACGAUUAAGAGAAAUUGCGAGGGCAGAUGUGGGGAUAUACCAGUCACGAGAUGAUGUUACAUUGAAAUUGCUUGGGAAGUAUAAAUGCAAUGAAGAAAUUUAUAAAAGUACAAUUCAGCAGUUGCAAGAAAACAAUAAAGAAUUGUUGAGGGAAGUUAUGGAUCUGAGGGAAGAAAUGGCUCUAGCUCGAAAAUGAAUUUCAACUAAUUACAUGUUUUUUUUUAAUUAUGCGACGAGAAAUGCAAUAACAUUGAUCCAGGCAUUAAGGGAACUGUUGCAGCUCAAGAUGAGUUGAUAUUGAAAUGAUUUUGUCAGUCUCUCACACUCCCAACUAUAAAUUAAUAUCAAUUUAACAUAUGUCUCCCUGUAAUUGUAAAAGUUAUGUUUUCAAAAGUAAUACAAUUGAAUUUUCUUUUGAAAAUCAAAUUCAACUUCUAAAGAUUCAACUUAGAAAUGAGACUGUCUGAAAACAUAUGCAACUACUGCCAAAAUCCACUUAUAAUUACUCACAACCUGUAAUUUUGAUUUUCCCUUUUAUAUAUAUUUAGUGAUAAUCAAACACCAAGUGCCUUAUAAAUAAAGUUUUGUUUUUGA